AAUCCAUUCAAACUCUGAAGAGUAUCUAUUACUAUUCAAUUCCUAGUACAAUUUUGAAGUUUUUAACUUACCAAAAUACCCCUACUGCAACUUUCUCUUGCAAUAUUUCCCAACAUUUUCCUUUCUCCCUCCCUCCAAAUGGCUGCCAUGGCUUCUUUUUACCUAAAAAACCCAGGCCCUUUAUCCCACUCUUUCACCAAACCAACGAAAACCCAUUUCGCGCCACCUCUUAAACUCCGCCUCCGUCACGGUCCCGCCUCGAAAACCAGAUAUCCGACCCGGAUAUCCGCCUCCUUGAUCAACCCGGAUGGAGGAAAACUAAUCGAACUCUUCGUUGAAAAAUCAGAAAAGGACUCCAAGACAGAAAAGGCCUUAGAGCUACCCAAGAUCAAGCUCUCGAAAAUCGAUCUUCAAUGGGUUCAUGUGCUCAGCGAAGGCUGGGCCAGUCCAUUGAAGGGGUUUAUGAGGGAGUCGGAGUUCCUCCAAACGCUUCAUUUCAACUCGCUCCGGCUAGAUAAUGGGUCGGUUGUGAACAUGUCGGUGCCGAUUGUGCUCGCCAUCGACGAUGCUCAGAAGGGUCGGGUCGGAUCUUCUACCAGCGUGGCGCUCGUGGACGAUGAAGAUAAAGUGGUGGCCAUCUUGAGCGACAUUGAGAUAUACAAGCACAACAAAGAAGAAAGAAUAGCAAGAACUUGGGGAACCACUGCCCCUGGUCUACCUUAUGUCGAGGAAGCUAUUAGCCGUGCUGGAAACUGGUUGAUUGGUGGCGAUUUGGAGGUUUUAGAACCGAUCAAGUACAAUGACGGUCUUGAUCAUUUCCGUCUUUCCCCAGCACAACUACGUAACGAGUUUGAGAAACGGAAUGCGGAUGCAGUGUUUGCUUUCCAGCUCAGAAAUCCGGUGCACAAUGGACAUGCUUUGUUGAUGACUGACACACGCAGACGGCUUCUUGAGAUGGGAUACAAGAAUCCCGUCCUUUUGCUUCAUCCGUUGGGAGGCUACACAAAGGCAGAUGAUGUUCCACUUAUUUGGCGAAUGAGGCAACAUGAGAAGGUGCUUGAAGAUGGUGUUCUUGAUCCAGAGACAACAGUAGUUUCUAUUUUCCCAUCUCCGAUGCACUAUGCUGGACCUACUGAGGUACAAUGGCAUGCGAAGGCUCGGAUAAAUGCAGGUGCAAACUUCUACAUCGUCGGUCGGGAUCCAGCUGGCAUGAGCCAUCCACUUGAGAAAAGAGAUUUGUAUGAUGCCGAUCAUGGCAAGAAGGUCCUCAGCAUGGCUCCUGGACUGGAACGGCUCAACAUUCUGCCAUUCAAGGUUGCUGCAUAUGACUUAACUCAGAGUAAAAUGGCAUUCUUCGAUCCAUCAAGGCCUCAGGAUUUUCUGUUCAUAUCUGGCACCAAGAUGCGAACGCUUGCAAAGAACAAGGAGAACCCUCCUGACGGAUUUAUGUGCCCGGGUGGUUGGAAAGUCUUGGUGGAAUAUUACGAUAGUUUGAAUCUGGUUGAGAAUGCAAAGAUGCCUGAACCUGUACCAGCUUGAAACUCAACAUUGUGUGAUUAGGCUCUGUAGAAUCCUAAAACCUUUUUGUCUAUAACAUUUGAUUGCAUAGAGUUUGGUUAGAUUUUCUUGGGUGCAACACUUCAACAUUCCGGCUUAACCUGUUUAUACAUGUAUUGUGCGAGUGACAUGGCACUUGGAAGAGAUGUUUUAAGAUGUGCGCAGAUUGUUAUACUAUUGCCUUUCUUUUUGUGCUUUA